AUGAGGAGCUUUUGGGCCUUGCCCGCUCUUCUGCGCGUGGCAGUUGCUGCGCAGAAGUCGUUCAGCGUGCAAGACGAUGUUCUCGCCUUCCCUCAGUUCUCGGUCAACUUCCCCGAAGGCCAUGUUUCCACCCUGCAGGCUCAGGAGAAACUCGAAUCCAUUUCCGACGACCCUGACCUCUCCCACUUGGACACGGAUCCACCGAAUCCCGACAAGCCGCAAUAUGACCACGAGGAACUCGUCCUAGCAAACCAACACUACUUGUGUCAGAUUCCACGCCUGCUCGACCAGCCGCCUUCAUCACAGCCCAACGAGACGCUCUCCAAGCAGGACCACGAGAAAGAGCUGGCUCGCGCAAACACAAGGGGCUGGCAGUUGCUCAAGGGAAUGCAAGGCAAUUGCAUCUACUACUGGAGCGGCUGGUGGAGCUACAGAUAUUGCUACGCCCAGGGUGUCAAGCAGUUCCAUCAACUACCGCCCUCUCAAGGCGUCCCUGCUUACCCUCCUGUCGAGGACCCUGCUGUACCCGGUUUCAUGCUUGGUGCUGUCCCAGAUCAACCGCACCACGAUGAUCAAGAACCUCUCGCCGACGAAAAAGCUGUAGGCAAGCUCGAGACGCGUGGCGAGAGCAGAUAUCUUGUACAGCGCCUCGCUGGCGGCACUACCUGCGACUUGACCGGCAGAGAGCGACGCAUCGAAGUCCAAUUCCAUUGCAACCCAGCCACCGCAGACCGCAUCUCACUCAUCAAGGAGGUCGCGACCUGCGCCUAUCUCAUGGUUAUCCAGACUCCACGUCUCUGCAACGACGUCGCUUUCCAGCCUCCCCAAAAAGACCGCGCAAACGAAGUCGCCUGCUCUCCUAUUCUCGAUCAAGAUCAAGUCUCUGAGUAUGAAGCUGCUCUUGCCGCUGCUUCCGACAUUCUCGCUAACGACAUACCCAAUCCAUUGGCUGGCUCGCAGUCCAAGGCCCCUGUGGUUAUUGGUGGUAUUUCCGUCGGUGCUCACAAGUGGGUCCCCGAAGGCAGCAAGAUUGAGAAGUCGUCCAUUGUGGGAGGCACUAAGGACAAGUUUGUCGAGACCAUCGCCGACAGCUUCGGCAGGGCCAUGUCUGCAGACGACCUCAAGAGGCUCGGCCUUGGUGAUGCAAAGAGUGUCGAGGCGUUAAAGAAAGAACUGGAAAAGAUCGCAGGCGGUCAAGGCUGGGAGCUCAAAGUAUUCGACACGCCAGACGGACGAGAAUAUAGAGGUGUUCUGCUGGGCGAUGAGGAUUCAGACCCGGUUCAGAAGGAAGACGCCCAGGCGACCGGGGCGAAGAAAGUCGAGUCCAAGCCUGGCGACGAUGCACCCUCUGACGACCAGAAGGCAGAGGGUACUGAAGAGACGUACAAAGACGAGCUUUGA